CUUCUUUCUUUAGCGUAUGCUGCUACUCUUGUCAUGGGCCGCCCCGUACACACAACUGAAGAAACCACUAAAACUGCUCACCACGGCAACAGCACCAAGGUUGAAACAUACACUCACUGUAACAGACCUGGUGUGUUUGCUCUCACUUUUGAUGAUGGACCUGGUCAAUACUCUUGGUCUUUGGCUAAGAGCUUGCACGAACAAGGCAUUAAGGCUACCUUCUUCAUUAACGGUGCCAAUGCUGUUGAUGUUCUCCAUGCCAGUACUACCACUGAUGAAGGUGAAAAGACUUACUUGGAAGUCAUUAAGCACUACUACGACUUCGGUCAUGAAGUUGCUAGCCACACCUGGCAACACAAAGAUCUCGCCAAUAUGACUGUUGCACAAGUUAAGGAACAAAUGAACACUCAAUCUGAUAUUAUUUUCCAAGCUAUCGGCAAGAGAGUUCAAUUGAUGCGUCCUCCUGAAGGUGUUACUGAUGCUGUUUCCAGCAAAGUCUUGAAGGAUCUCGGUUACCACAACAUUCUCUGGGAUAUUGAUACCAAUGACUGGCGUAAGCAAGGCUUGGCUGCUGAGCAAGCUUUAGUCAAAGAAGUCAUCGAAAAGGACGUUGCUAAUGUCACCAUGGGUCACAUUGCUCUUGAGCACGAUAUUCACGAACACACCGUGACCGAACUUGUUCCUUGGCUGAUUAGCUAUGUCAAGGAAAAGGGUUAUGAAUUUGUCACUGUCUCUGACUGUAUUGGCGUCCCUGCUUACCAA